GGAUAUCGCGAUUGAUGUGACGUCAUUUGACAGAACGCACUCCAAAACAACAUGGACGACGAUUUGCCUCUGCUGGUUUCGGUGACGUCCCUCUCUGAUUACCUGUGCUGUUCAAUAUGUAUGAAUGUGAUGAAGGAGACAGUGAUGACCUGCUGUGGUCAUCGCUACUGCAAUCACUGUAUCAAGGAAUGGGUCGACCGUAACCACAAGUGUCCAUGCUGUAACAAAGCCCUUGGCAUGACUGAGGUGUUCAAGGACCACCAGUUUGACUGCCUUAUAGAUGCCAUCAACAAGGAGAAGACAAAAUCAGAAACAAAAUACUUUGAGUCUCUAAUUAAUUCAGCUGUAGAUGCAUCACAAGCUGAAGUUGAACUGUCCCCGAUAGAAACAGUCUUAAAAGACCACCUAAAGGAGAGCUUGGCUGCCCAUGAGAAGUAUUUCCAGAAACUGAGAAAUGAACUAACAGAGCAGGAAAAAAGGUUGGAAACAACAUGUGAGAAAGCAAUCAGUGACCUGACAUCACAUGGCUUGUCAGAGCAAGAGAUGACCCAACAGACAUUAGAUCUACAAAAUCGACUGUCACAUCAGAAGGAGGCACUACAAGAAGAAAUGAACUUGUGUACUAAACUGGUGGCAGAGUCUUACAAUAGAUUUCUCACAAACCACAUUCCUCAAUUAGAUGUACUCCCAGUCAAAGUGGGCAUCACCAUACUGGACAAGAACAUGAAAGUGUCUGAUGUUGUCUUCAAACCAACUGACAGGAUUGGGGACAAGGUGAAGGCUUCUGUAGAAGCUACAAUGUCAGCUAGAAAUGAUCCAGUGGGUGAAUGGCCCAAGGAACUACAUUUUGUAUUGUUUGGACCAUUUGUUAAGUGUAGCCACUUUGAAAUGCAGCAGAUGGUUAGAGAAAUACUGCAUGAUGGGAAGGUUUACCAUGACGUUGUUGUGAUAGACAAAGAUAGUCGUCCAAUCCUCGAACAUUCCAUGAAACCUGGCAGUGAAAUAGCUAUUUAUGGUAAGAUCGUCUUGGAGAGUGACAUGCCUAAAAAGUGUUUCCGGCAAGUCUUCCAGGAUGGUAACCCCCAAUCUGUUGACUAUUUUUGCUGCAAGCGGUGUGGAUUUCAGUGGAUCUGCAGGUCAUGCAUGGAAGUCUGUCACCAAGGUCAUGAAAUUGUGCCCUACAUUAUGAAUCAUCAGCCAGCUUGGGCCUGCUGUUACUGUCCAAAGAAGAAGACUUGUCUGAUCCAACCUCCACCACAAUGUAGUAAUUGAAUAUAACUGUAUACAGCAGCAAGGGAGUCCAGACAGUGCUGUAAAUCUGUGGAAAUGCUGUAGCUCUACAGUGAUGCUGUAACUAUGGAUACCAUGCCUCAGUCUUGUACUGGCAGCUCUAACUAGUGUUACUGUGAUUGUUAAGGUAGUAACUAUGGCCACACCAAUGCUUCAAACUUUACAAUAAUGCUGUAAACUUGACAGUAGUAUGGUAUCAAUAGUCACUGUGAUGCUGUAAAUAAGAUUUCAUGCUGUAUCUCAAUUUUGCUGUGGCCAUGGAGGUGAUAUUGUAAUACGAGUGGUGUUAUAAACAUGACAGCGAGACUGUAACUCGAGUGUUGCUGUGGCCAUGGAGGUGAUAUUGUUAUACGAGUGGUGUUAUAAACAUGACAGUGAGACUGUAACUCGAGUGUUUCUGUGGCCGUGGAGGUGAUAUUGUAAUACAAGUCUUGUUAUAAACAUGACAGUGAGACUGUAACUCGAGUGUUUCUGUGGCCAUGGAGGUGAUAUUGUAAUACAAGUCUUGUUAUAAACAUGACAGCGAGACUGUAACUCGAGUGUUGCUGUUGCUAUGGAGGUGAUAUUGUAAUACAAGUGGUGUUAUAAACAUGACAGCGAGACUGUAACUCGAGUGUUGCUGUGGCCAUGGAGGUGAUAUUGUAAUACAAGAGGUGUUUUGAACAUGACAGCGAGACUGUAACUCGAGUGUUCCUGUGGCCAUGGAGGUGAUAUUGUAAUACAAGAGGUGUUAUAAACAUGACAGCGAGACUGUAACUCGAGUGUUGCUGUGGCCAUGGAGGUGAUAUUGUAAUACAAGAGGUGUUUUGAACAUGACAGCGAGACUGUAACUCGAGUGUUGCUGUGGCCAUGGAGGUGAUAUUGUAAUACAAGAGGUGUUUUGAACAUGACAGCGAGACUGUAACUCGAGUGUUUCUGUGGCCAUGGAGGUGAUAUUGUAAUACGAGUAUUGUUAUAAACAGGACAGCGAGACUGUAACUCGAGUGUUCCUGUGGCCAUGGAGGUGAUAUUGUAAUAUGAGUGGUGUUAUAAACAUGACAGCGAGACUGUAACUCUAUUUGUACCUGUUUUGUAGUGGUGAAAACAAUGCUGUAACUCAAGUGUAUGUUGCUGAGACUUUAUAUCAAGGUGAUACUGUUAUGUUUAUUAUUAACUUGAAGGUGAUACUGUAAUGUUGGUGAUGAUAUGACUACAGCAAUGCUGUAAACUUGACGAUAUGCUUUACACCUCGGUGAUACUGUAAUAUUGGUGAUGAUAUGACUACAGCAAUGCUGUAAACUUGACAAUGAGCUUUUACACCUGGGUGAUACUGUAAUAUUGGUGAUGAUAUGACUACAGCAAUGCUGUAAACUUGACAAUGAUAUUCUUUUACACCUAGGUGAUCAUGUAAUAUUGGUGAGGAUAUGACUAUACAGCAAUGCUGUAAACUUGACCAUGAUUUGGUUUGAACACCUUGGUGAUCAUGUAAUCUGCAGUACAUGUACAUGUUAUUUUUUACCUUCAUUUGGUGGAGAUUAAUGCAGUCACAAAACAUGUAAGAGGAUGAAAGAUCACACUGGGACCUAGUACAUAAUGUAAGGCCAUAGGAUAGAUUAUAUAGACAAACAUCUGCUGUUCGUGCUGUGCAUCGUCACAUAUAAAAACAUCUUGAUAAUAUGUAUCUUCUAUUUGCUGUGUGAACAUGCUUGUUUUAGUGCUCUCAGAUUCCAUCCUCAAAAUCCAAGGGUAACAUUGAAUAUUUAAUUAUUCAACUCCUGGAAUUUUGAGGAUACUUCAAAGUUUUCAUGAUAGGACAGGAUCUCUUAGCUUCAUUCAUCUCAUAUCAAUAAUGUGUUAACAACAGUUUAUCUUGUCAUUUCAUAAAACUAGUCUCAGUGUCUACUACGCAUAUUUGACAUUAAUAACAACGGGGAACUAUUAGUGACAUCACACAAAAAGUAUUCCGGUUUAGAAAGUUAGCACAUGCAAUCUGUCAUACCCUAGGGGUUGAACGAGAAAUCUCUCAUGUCUAAAACUGGAGAUAAACUGGUGAACUGUGGGAGAACUUGUACUGACCGAUCCCCUAAAACAUCAUUGUCUGUAUCAGGCUUGAUAUUUCAUUGUGAACAAUAAUAAAAACCUUUUCAUUCAA